CAUGUACGUCUUGUCUUGAAGCCAUGUGGUCGCCCCCUUCACAUGUUCCGAACACUGAAGGAGUUUGUGCGGGCACUAAGGGAUAUCGUUAAGAUUCAACAAGCUGCGGUGGAGGAAUGUCAGAUUUUGCAUCGGGACUGUAGUCUCAACAACGCGAUGAUCCUAGACGAACCUGAAGGUAGUGAAGGGUUUCUUAUUGACUGGGAGUUUGCC